UCUUCUUCAUUCCGACUAAAGUUUGGGUUUCAGAUUACCGGCGAAAUCGUAACACCGGUUGUAUUUCUCGUCGGAGCAUCUCAUUAGGGUUUCUCUCAGGGUCAAUCUCGCCGGAUAAUUUGACAAAUUUCCAUCUUUCUUCGCCGUGUUAGCUUCAAACAUGCCGCCUCCAGAAAUCUCGAAAAGGGUUCUCGACGCGAAGCUUGAAGCUUGCAAAUUCGCGUUUUCGAAGCUAAGUGCGGUUAAAACUACGAGAAUGAAGAGCUAUAAGCAGUUGCGUACUCUGCUUUUGAUGAAGGAGAUAUGUCGUCGUGGGGCUGAUCGUGACUUUUUGAAGGAUCCAGAGAACAGUGUAACCCGAAUUCUGUGCUCGGUUCUGAAACAAGUGGUCAGUAACUGCGACCGUUCUCUUAAGUCUCUUCAUGGGUUUCACUAUGACAACUUGGAUUAUGAAGAGAGACAGCAGGUUACAAGGAUGAUAACUGGCAUGCGGGGCAUGGCUAGCAGGAAAUAUGAACCGGAAACCAUUGAUCGUCUCGAUGACAUGACUGAUCCUAUAGAGAUGGAGAUUUAUUUGGGAAAUGGAGAGGAUUCUGUCGGUGGGGAAUUCGGUGACAUUGCCUUAGAGCCGAUCUCAUGGCCUAUAGAGUCACAAAUAACUCCGGAAUGGGUUGAAACUUUGAUGGGUUCAUUGAACCACUUUACGUGGAAGAACUCGGUUUCUGAGUUCCCCUUGAUCCUGCCCCAUUCUGUGGCUCUUGCUCUGGUGGACUGUGCUUCGCAAAUUUUAGACAAAGAACCCAACUGUGUCAAAAUCAACUGCUGCCAUGAAAAUUCUAGAGUUGUCGUGGUCGGUGAUCUCUCUGGUCAUUUACAUGAUCUCCUCAAAAUCUUUGAUCAAUCAGGAAGGCCUUCAGAAAACCAUUGGUUCGUGUUCAGUGGUAACUACAUCGGUAGAGGUUCUUGGAGCCUAGAAGUGUUCUUGGUUCUCUUGGCCUGGAAGAUUCUGAUGCCUGAGAGAGUGAUUCUCCUUCGUGGAAGCUCCGAAACAAGAGUAUCUGCAGAAGAGCUCGAUUUCUUGAAAGAAACAUGUGAUAGAUUUGCUGAGAACGGUUCAGUUCUGUACUCGAGAUGCAUAGAUUGCUUCAAAACGUUGCCCUUGGCCUCAGUGAUAUCAGACAGUGUGUACAUAACACAUGGAGGACUCUUUCGCAGUUCUCAGGUCGUACAAGAUAGCGAGAACCCGUCUUUGUUGCUGGGCUCUUUGGAGGAAUUGAAUCAGGUCGAGAGGAGACAUGCUGGUGAGAGUGAUGAAGAGAAUUCGGUUAUCGACCAUGUUUUAUGGUCAUGUCCAUGGAUGGCUGAUGGCCUCAGUGAAAGUAACUACAAGGGCCUUCUUUGGGGACCUGACUGCACCGAGACUUUUCUAAAGCAGGCAAACUUAAAGGUUAUUAUAAGAUCACACGAAGGUCCGGAUGCAAGAUCAGAUCGCGAAGACAUGGGAAACAUGUUAAGUGGGUACUCCAUAGAUCAUGAAGUAGAAUCUGGAAAGCUGUGCACCGUUUUCAGUGCUUCAAUGUUCUCGCAGGGUUCAAGAAACUACGACAAUGAGGGGGCAUAUGUUGUUCUUGAGCCUCCAGAUUUCACAGAGCCCAGAUUUGUUUCUUACACUGUGGAAAACGUCCCGAGGUUACAAGAGCAGAUGACAACGGAUGGUUCUUCGCUACAACAACAGCCGAUGUGGAAAACGAGCACGGGGGACGGUUUUGCAGCGAUAGGGAUAUCUAACCCGCCUUCUUGGGCUGUCCCUUUGCCAAGUGACCCGAAUCAGAUCCUUCAACUACGAGAGCCGCCUCAUGUUUUCGAAGGGUUCCCUCUUCCAGACGGCAUAGAGGAGCCUCACAGGUCGAAUUACGAGUACUUGUUCAGACUUGUCAAUGCAUUGAAACACGAGGUUCAAACUAGGGAUGAUCGGGAGAGAGAUCUGGUGGAUCAAUUGAAGAAGACGAAAGCCACUUUGGAGGUUAUAAGCAAGAUGUCAUCUGCUUUGUGAGAAAGUUCAAGAAAACACUUUAUGAAGACAUUGUUGCUUCAUAUGCUCAAGCUUCAUACAGUUUUGCUUUUUUUAUUUUAUUUUAUAUUAUUUAAUUUAAUAUGGUCUUGUUCACUAUGAAUUUCUGCUAAAUGUAUAAACUAUUCAUUAAUUUUUUGUUA